UGCGAUCAGUUCCCGCGCUGCCGCAGACACCGACUCACGAACGUUGCCGUUAAUUCGCUCGUUCGUCGUAUCCGCAAGUCGUGCGCGUCGUGUGCCCGGCUGUUUCUGACGGCAAGAUUUACGCGAAUACUCAUCGGUCGUCCAAUAGACGAUUUACCACGCGACGGACGAAUGAGAGAUAUCGGCCGGACAACAGCAAUAAUUUAUUGAUGACCUACUGCACGACACGACUUUUUUUGCCGACCUUAGACAUUGUCGUUGUUGUAGAUUAAAUCGUUGUUUCUAUCAUUCGAAUCGUUCGGCGACCGACGACGGUUCGUCGCGAAAAUUAUCGCAUCAAAAUAUUUGUAUUGUAUAUUCGCGAAGAGAAGUGACAAAUUAAAUCGGAGCUAAAAUUAUCUAAAGUUUCUCGGAUUUUUGAGAUGGCACGUCAACAACAGUUCAUGGCACUGUGGUUGGUGUUCGCGGUCCUUGUGUACGAUAACCAUGGUUACGUGUCGAACCGGAGAGGGAAAAACCAGAGACCGGGCGUGCGGAGCUACCCUGACGAUGACAAGAACGGCGGUGGCGGUGUCGGCGCCGAUAUAAACGUCUGCGCGCUCGAACAGAAGACCACCAUCAACUUGUAUUGUUACUGUGACGACUCUAAGUCGCACGCGGCCACGUCGGCCGACUGUUGGGUGUUCAACGACGGCGAGCCCCGUGACUCGGCCGUCUGGCGCGAGUUUGGGUCGCAGUCUAACGUGACAAAGCUGACGUUCAACGUGCGCGGCACCUCGUCCAAGACGCUGUCGUUCGUGCCCACCGAGGCGCUGGCCCGGAUGCCGGAGCUCCGCACGCUGGAGAUCGUGUAUGCUGACAUCGGAACCGUGCAUUCACACGCGUUUGCCAAUCUGUCCCGGUUGCAGGACCUCGCCCUGGUCCGGAAUAACAUCGUGCAGCUGGCCCGGGACUCGAUCGCCUACAUGAACGACCUGCGCGUGGUCACGCUCGGUGACAACGCCAUCGAGAGCAUCAGCAACGACGUGUUCGCCCGGCUUCCCGCGCUCCGGAAGCUGUACAUGGACCGGAACAAUAUCAGCUACAUUGCCGAGGGGGCUUUCGAGCAACUGCGAAAGCUCGAGGAGCUCGACCUGUCCGACAACAGGUUGACGGGAUCGCUGUCCAGGUACGUGUUUCUCGGAUUGGUGUCGGUAAAACGGCUGGACAUGCGAGCGAACCACUUGGACCGGGUGGGCCCGGAUGCAUUCGCCGAGCUGGUGUGCCUUGAGGAGCUCGUGCUGGAGGAUAACGUCAUAAAGGCGAUUGACGGCAGGGGAUUUUCCGGACUGCCCAGCCUCCAGCGGCUGAUCUUGGCAGAAAACCGAUUGACUGCUCUCGAUGACCGUACUUUCCAUAGUCUCGACAAGCUGAAGUUCAUUGACAUUAGAUACAACAACCUACAAACGCUCACGUUCGGCGCCGUGGAACCGAUCUUGGAACGGCUCCGGAACUCGUCGUUCUUUUUCCAUUUUAAAGGUAACAUGUUCGAAUGCGACUGCAGCCUGCUGUGGAUGAACCGAUUGGCCGUCGAGACGAACAACGAACAGGUGGCACGCGAGCUGACGACUGCCCAGUGUCAGAUGAACGACACGGCCGACAGCGACGGCGGCGGCGACUUGGCCGAUUUGAAAGUGACGGGCCCGCGGAACGUUUACGGUGGUGACGGUGGAGGCUACGGUGCGAAUCAGGUGGACGCCGAGACGACGGCGGACAAGGCGAUGUCGGUCGGGGGUGUCGGUGGAGGAAUGAUGGGCGGGGCCGACGGAGGGUUGCCCAAGUCGUUCGACGAACCACAGGUGGUCGCCAUCAGCUCGUUGAACGAGGACACGUGCCCGGGCAAGGAGCAGCCGGUCGUGGACGGGGCGCCAGACGCGGCCCAAAAUUCGGAUCGCGUGCUCUGGGAGUCGACCAAGUCAGCUGCGGCGGCAGGCUCCGCUCUCCAAGCGCCACUGGGUCGGUCGGCCCUGCCCGUCCUCGCCUUGGUCUUCGCCAUCAUCAUCCGUUCGCGUCGCUGUUAGGCCAACAACUAUACUGCACGUCCUCUCGCGCGAUCAUAUUAUUAUAUAUUAUAAACUUACAUAAUUACAUUUUACAAUAAGAUAUAUGUGUCUGUGUGCGUGUGUGGGUGUACGGGGUGGCUAAACAUCAAACACUAAAUAUGCGUAAACGAUAUCUAUAAGAUAAAAUACAAUAAUAUAUGAAAACAAAAAUACUACGUAUGACGUAGGUACCUCGCCUAUAUUAUAAUGAUAUGCCCUUCAUCGCGGUCUAUAGCCGCGGUUACAUUAUAUAGUGACAUUUAAUGGUAUUGUACUUUCCUUCGCUAUUUCAAAUCAAAUCUAUAAACAUCGGUGCGGUUUCCAAAUCGCUCGACAUUUUGCAUUAUUACCCACUAUAGGUACUACACAAUCCACAUGUUUGCAGUUAUGUCGCUUAAAAUGCAUUUUUCCAAUAUAAAACAUCGACUCCGUCGUUACACACAGCUGCAGAAUAAUAUUAUAAUGUAGGCACGUACUUACGAAAACAAUACGAUAUUAUCAUACAGGUAGGUACCGUACACGAAUUUAUUGUUUAUUUUCCAACUCAGCCCGCGUUUUUACGCACAUGAUUUGAAGAAAAACGCAUACCAUGUCCUGCAACGUUACAAAUUGUAACGAUUAUUAUAACAAUAUAAUAUAAACAUUUAAUAUUAAAACUGUAUAAUUUUAUCGACAAUUGAUAAAAUAAUAAUAUUAAGGGAUUAACGCAGCCUUAAUUUUAAUAUAAUAUAUAGAACGAUUCAAAGAACCUACAGAACGUAUAAACAUAAAAACGGGACGUGCGGCCACCCUAAAUAUUAUAUAUAAACAUAUUAUGUAGUUUAUAUAAUAUAUAUUACAUAGAUUUAGAUAUACCUAGAUGGCUAAAUGUGAGCAUUAUAUAUGCAUAGUAAUGAUGAAAACCAAAAUUACUAUUAUUAUUCAUUCGUGUUAUCGUAAUAAUAAUAUUCUUUCGUCACUAAAAUAUUAUAUUAUUGUCUGCAGUUUUUGAAUAAUACGCAUAAUGUAUUAUUAGUAUUAUUGCAACAGUCAGAUUAUAAUAAUAUUUUAGUUGUUAAUUAUUUCUUUCGAUCGAUAUUAUUGUACCUAUUUAAAUUUAAUCACGCUCGAUAGAAUUAUUGUGCAUAAUAAUAUUAAAUGAUGAGACUUAUGUACCGAAACACAAUGUCCGAUGACGGUACAAUACAUCAGUAACGUCUGCUCAGAGGUCAAAGCCCUACUCGGUGACCAACAAAAAUCAAAAUAGGCAGAAGUGAAAUCUAAAAAAAAAUAACGCAAAUCGCACAGAAACCUACGUCGGCGCUUAAACUGUAAAAAAAAUAUAUAUAGGCGCCGAAUACGAUGAGCGAUUUAAAUAUAUAAUAAUAAUAAUAUAAUCUAACGCGUCUAUCGGCCGCGGCCGUGGCGGUCGUUUGUAAUAAUAAUAUCAUUACACGGCCCCGUUAACAUAAUAUAAUACUCGAUCCGGAAGACGGGUGAUAAGAAAAAAAUUGUGUUUUUUUUACGAAACGAAGUUAUCAUAUUUCCCGAGGGUCUGGAACGAAAUCGCGUGUUAAUAUAAUAUAGUGUGCUCGGAUAAAAGCUGCUAUAUUAUAUUAUAUAUCUCGUGUUAUCGGUUAUUUUUCCGUCGAAAACCCAAGAAUAGACCGCCGUCCGCCGACUGCACUACAAUAUCCUUCGAGCUUGAUGCGAGCGCGACUAAAAUAUUUAAUGUACGCAACAAUAAUAAUAUAAUACGAACAAGCGAACACGAAAUGAUUAGAGAAUGAAAAAAUAUCACAUCACAUCACAUUAUGUAACUAUUAUACUGAUAUUUCGAUAGGCACGUGCGCGUUACCACAUAAUAUCAUGGUGGUACAUAUAAUUGUAGGCACCUGCAGUGGGAGAUUAUGCUUAGAUGAAGGGAGCUGAUCAUUUUUUAUAUAGAGGAUGCUUGACCAGGAACCCGCACAAGUUCGGUAUGCUGAUGCCACGUGGGUAAAUAACAUUUUAGACUUUAGCUGCAACCUUCAAAUACAAAUUAAAAUUAUUUUAAUACGCGGCAAUACGUCUUACGCAUCAACCUGUAAAAAUUCUAGGAAAGAAUUUUUUUUUCCCCCAAAAUGUCUGGGAGAGACACAGCCCCAUCGCAUCCACUGCAUUAGGUAUACGGGAUGUGUUGUAGUCGGUGUAAGAUCUGACAACGUUUCGAGAUGUAACCGGAUGUGAACAUCCGGAACGUCGGAACACCACGAGCGAUGUUCCACCGCCAUGUGCGUAUCGACCUCGGACGACUAUAUAAUAGUAAUAAUAAUAUAAUAGGUAUACAGUUUACUCUACGGUAUAGUAUUGGUAUGUGUAAAUAUAUUAUUUCAUCGUGUAUGAUAUUAUUAUUACACACAUGUGCUAGUAUUAAACUUGCAACUGCAGUCGUCGAGACGUAAUAUGCGGUAUUAUAUUGUAUAAUAUUAUAUCGUUGCCGUUAACACGAUGUACUAUAUCGCGUUAUGCCGUUAUAUUCUUCAUAUGAUAAUACUAUAGUAAUACGCGUUUUACUUCUGCAGCUUUUUUCUAUCUAUCUCUCUCUCUCUCUCUCUCUCCAACAGCAGACCUGUUAUCAAACUGUGCACUUUCCUGGUUAGAUUACUACGGCGAUUGUAAGCGUUUAAUAUAUUAUUACAUUCGUUGGUUAGUCAAAGUUAAAAAAUUGCGUGCCCAAGUCGAUAAUUGCAAUUAUGUUUUUCGUGAAACUUUUCGCCUUUUUUUAAACUCUUGUUUGUUUUAAAAUUAAUGUUUAAAUGUCCGAAAUCAUGAAACUAUUAUAUUAUGAUGGUCGCAUGAUUACUUAAUUCAAAAAAACUAAAGCUCUAUAAUAAAAAUUAACGUUUAAAAAAAAAACGUUUAUAAAUCCAUUUCUUCAAUGUUAAAUGAUAAAUAUACAUAAACAUAUUAUAUGUUAUAUUAUAUACCUACGUGUUGUUUAAAAUAAAAUAAUAUUAAAUUUAACGUCGUAUUUUUUAAUUAACUAUAUAUAAAUGUACGGUAGAAAAAAAACAAAUUUGAAUUUUAAACAUCCAUAUUACAUGUACUAUAUUAUAUAUUAAGAAAUUACUAUGUUAUUUUAUGAUUUUUUUUAAUGUUGUGUUAUUAUAGAGAUUUCUUCUCAUUAACUCACAACUAUACAUAAUAAUAUAUACCUAAAUAAUAUCAUCUAUUGUAAUUAUGAAUAGAUAACCGUACUAUCGUAUUUUAGUCUACCGAUAUAAUAUUUUUAUGUGUUUAACGCCAUUACGCGGAUUUAUUUGUACAUAUAUUUUUUUCUUCAUAAUAUAGUUGUAAUAUCAGUUAUUUAUAAGGUUACAUAUUAUACGUCAUAUAUCGCGUGUAAAACGUAUUAAUAUGUUAUAUAAUGUUUUAUUCAUUCACCGACCUAUAAUAUUUUAUUAUUUUGUACUCGUGCAUGUGUGUACGAAAAAUUAGAACGAAACGGACACGUUCGAAUCACUCGAAAUUAAAAGUGGAAAAUAGAAAUGUCUACGUACAUAUAUCUAUAUAUAUUAUAUAUAGGUACACAUUAAGUUAGUGUAUUAAGUUUCCAAAACACGUAAUGACUAUUAUUAAACCGAUCCUAAAAACUUAAUACCUGUUAAAACCGAUCUUCAUUUUGUAUCAAAUAAAAACCGUAUUAUAUAUUAUAUACAUGUUA